CCGGAGCGCGAGACUCGGCAGCGGGCCAUGUGACCUCUGACGUCUGGGGGCAGUAAAAAGACGUCUCGGCAGCCAACGGGACUUCCACGGCGGCUUCCUCCUCGCGUAUCCGCCAAGAGGAAGUCCGACACUCGGACAGCUUUUCACGGUGCUACCCAGUCGUCUGCUGCUGGUAAACACAAAAAAGGAUUCGAGGCUAUGAACGUGUACUCUGUAACCCUCAGUGGCCCAGCGCCAUGGGGCUUCAGGCUGCAGGGUGGCAAAGACUUCAGCAUGCCCCUCACCGUGUCAAGGCUGACUCCGGGUGGGAAGGCAGCUCAGGCUGGUGUCGGGGUCGGAGACUGGGUGGUCUGUAUUGAUGACCUUAACGCAGAGGACUUGACCCACGUGGAGGCCCAAAACAAGAUCAAAACAGCAUUAGACUCCCUCACACUCACUCUUAACAGAGCUGUCAAAGUUGACGGUGAGCAGAAGGACUCACGCGCCGAGGCUAGUGUACAGCCCAAGUACUCCUUUGCCCCCAGCACCACCAUUAACAAGAUGGCGAGGCCUUUCUCAGCAGGGGGCGCUAGAGCAGGACCUGUCAUAAAACCUGUGGCCUACUCACCUAAACUUAACACACCUCGCUCUCAGGGCCGUGCCAGUGUGCUGCAAACACAGAACGGUGUUGAGCCAACUCUGUCACCUGCCAAGGCUCAGACUGCCAAUAAACCAGAUGGAUCUAAGACAGCAUCAGUGGCAACGUGCGCCUCAGCUCCUUCCUCCCGACCUCCGUGGGUCACUGAUCCUAAUUUUGCUGACCGUUUUCAUCCGGAUAAGACAAGCACGGUGGUGACACAGCACCAGCAGCCAGUUCAGCCCACGCCGAUGGAGAACCGUAGCUCCAUCCUGCAGGCGGCGCAGCAGGCGCCUGAAGAUAGUGGGAGGACCCCAGUGUGUGGUGCCUGCAACAAAGUCAUCAGGGGUCGCUACCUGGUCGCCCUGGGACGCUCUUGGCACCCCGAGGAGUUCACGUGUUCACAGUGCAAGGUGGUCCUGGAGGAGGGAGGCUUCUUCGAGGAGAGAGGUUCUGUUUUCUGUACCAAGUGCCACGAUAACCGCUACGCACCGAACUGUGCAAAGUGCAAAAAGAAGAUCACGGGGGAAAUCAUGCAUGCCCUGAAGAUGACCUACCACGUUCAGUGUUUCAAGUGUGCAGCUUGCAAGACUCCUAUCAGGAAUCAGGCCUUUUACAUGGAGGAGGGAGAGCCUUACUGCGAGAAAGAUUACGAGAAGAUGUUCGGCACCAAAUGUCACGGCUGCGACUUUAAGAUCGACGCCGGGGACCGCUUCCUGGAGGCUCUGGGCUACAGCUGGCACGAUUCGUGCUUCGUCUGCGCUCUGUGCCAGAUCAACCUGGAGGGGAAGACGUUCUACUCCAAGAAGGACAAGCCCCUCUGCAAAGGCCACGCCUUCGCCCCCGUGUGAGAGACGUCCUCGUCCGAGAUCUUCGUCUCCUCCUCAGUCACACGCAGCCUGUGCUCAAUUUGGAUGUUAGAAGCUUAGCGCUCUGCUCCUGUCUCUCCUACCAAAUACUCAACGUGUCACUCGACUGGAUCGAGUCGACCCAUUCAACCGUGCCAUUGUAUUGUUUACCUUCAGUUCACUCUGAUUACAUUGGAGUUUUUUUUUUUUUUUUUGCACCCAUUUUCAUUUCCAGAAACUUUCCACUGGAUGUUGGGUUUAGGAAUGUUGAACACGUAUGGAAAAUAACUUUCCAAUGGAAUUAAUGAGACUUUAUGGGAAAUGUCCGAAAAUCUUUAAAAACCUGUAUUAUAGACAAACAAAAGACAUUGUUUUAUCAUAUGCAGACAUGCAAAAUAAUACAUUUGAUUAAUUUGUAAUUAGUAGUAGAAGUUCUUUCAUUGACCAAGAAAAUCAAUACAACCCAUGAAUGUGGAAUAUAUAAACAAACAUUGACACGCACACCUACUUAUUGACAGUUUAAGGCACAGUUGUCAAACUGAUGGCCCGGGGGCCAGAUCCGGCCCGCCACAUCAUUUUAUGUGGCCUGCGAAAGCAAAUCAAAAUUGCUCAUUGUGUUCUGGUGUAAUACCAUUGAGAUAUUUCCAAUCAUUUUUUUUUGGUACCAAUCCCCCUUUGAAAAGAAAUGUAAUCGUUGAAAAACAUGUUUUUAUAGGCUUCUGAUUUCAAAACUGGUUAUUCAUCACUGUGUUGUGUAUACUGUAUGUAAUUAGAAUAUAUGUGGUAAUCUUUCAUUUAUAUGGGUUCACAGUUGCGGCCUUCCAUGGGAAGUCAUAACUAUGGUGUGGCCCGUGACAAAAAUGAGUUUGACACCCCUGGUUUAGGUUUUUCAAUUAACCUAACAAGCAUGUUUUUGGAAUGUGAGAGGAAGCCAAAAUACCCAGUGAAAACCCAGGCAAGCAUAGCGAAAACAUGCAAACUCCAGACAGGAAGGCCACAUGCCGCAUUUGAACCCUCAACCCUGUUAACCACUCAAUCACCAUGCUGCCAACUGUUGAAUAUAAUAAACGUUUCUUACUGUA